CUGCACUGGACCACCUAGGGUUAAUGAGAUGAACAUAUGAUCUUAUCAGGUGACCAGUCAGAACGCUAAAAGUAUCCUAUCAGAGUGGCCGCAAAAAUUUUUUCUCAGACAUUAAUUACUUAUAAAAAGAUUAUAGACGUUGUUUAUUUAGUGUUUAUUACGUGGAUUUUAUUACAAUUAAACUUAAUAUUUACAGUGAAAUAUUGUGUUGGAUUUUAACGUGUAUUUGUUUGGACUAUUAAUUAUAUUUCAACACUGGAUUUUUGUUCAUAGACAAAGUGCAACAUGGAGAACUCUACUAAUGGGCAAAGUGUUUCUGUUCCAGUAGGGAACUUCACUUUCGCAAGCCCGACAGUCGCUUUGACCAGUACAGUAGGUGCUGAGGCGAACUGUGAAAUUACUCCAAGAAUUCUACCCCUGGAACCAGAGUUUGCGGACAGUAGGUCCAAUAUAAUCUCUGCAACGGAAAUAGAAAAUCCGUUUCGUCAAAAUAAAGGGAAGAAACAGGAUGAUGUGGGCAUAAAAUCGUACGUUGAUGCGGAGCUUGCAUCAACACGUCUCCUCUUACAACAACAACAACAAACACUAUCAUCGCUAGUUGAAAGUGUUGAAAAAUUGUCAUCGAAGAAUACUACUACUAUGCCUGACGAACAUCCUGGAUCACUGGUUUCAAGGCCUGAAAAACGCAGGUAUCAUGCGUUAUCAGACUCGGAUUCUGAUGAUAACUCGCAGUACACGGGUUAUUCGUCCGACACACGGAGCAUCGGAAGGGCUGACUUUAAGGAGAAUGACGACAUGCAUUGUGGAAAAAUACAGAAACUCGAUGAACUUUUCGUACAGAAAACUAACUUUGGUCCACCUAUAAAUGAGAGUUUGGCAAAGUCAAUAAAUAGAGGAAUUUCAAACAAUUUCGACGUAAAGCAAUGCUUGGAAAUGGGUGAAAAAUAUCAAACACCAGAAAAUUGUCAGUAUCUCUGUGUCCCGAAGUUAAACGAGGAGCUGUUUUUUGAAGACAGUAUCGAUUCACGAUACAAAAAGAAUGAUGCCAUCCUUCAAAAGAAUCAACUCAUGCUAACAAAAGGAAUGAUCCCGAUAGUAAAAAUGAUGGACAUUAUGCUAAGUAAGAAGACAGGAAAUGAAGAGUUAUUUGAUCUUGCUACAGAAAGUAUGCAAUUGCUUGCAUUUGCACACCGAGAUUUAUCGAACGUAAGAAGAAAAAUGUUAAAACCAGCUGUUGCAAAGAAAUAUCAAAAGCUUUGCACUCCACACUUGCCUCUUACAAGUCAAUUGUUUGGGGAUGAUCUUGAAAAAGAGUUGAAAUCCAUUACGGAAAGCAAAAGGAUCGGGUAUCUUGCAACAAAUCACCCUGAAAAAAGCAAAAGACCACAACAUAGUUCGUAUCACAAAAAACCUAACACAUCAUCAUUCAGGCACAGGCAUUACCGUCAAGAUGAUACAUCUUUUUUAGACAAACGCCAGAUUUACCGGAGUCGAGGCAAACCUCACGGAAGAACACAGCACCAGCAACAACAGAAACACAAAUUUCAGAAGUAGAAAAAACUCAUGAUAGGGCCAGUAUUACAGAAACUUUCCAACGACCAAGCGGAAGCAGUAAUUAUAGCUCCAUUCUUUGCAACACAGCCAUGGUUCCCACUACUUUUAAGCAUGAUUUGUCAGCAGUCAUACCUCCUCCC